GGCGGCCAUCUUGCUCCCACCCCUGACAGCCUCCGGCCGGGGUCACAGGGACGCCUGGACUUUCGCUGACCAUGCUGUCCCGAGUGGUGCUUUCUGCCGCCGCCGCAGCCGCCCCCGGUCUGAAGAACGCAGGCCUCCUGGGCCCGGGGAUAUUGCAGGCAACAAGGAUCUUCCACACAGGGAAGCCAAGUCUUGCCCCUCUACCACCUCUCCCUGAAUAUGGAGGGAAAGUUCGUCUUGGGCUGAUCCCUGAGGAAUUCUUCCAGUUCCUUUAUCCUAAAACUGGUGUCACAGGACCCUACAUGCUUGGAACUGGGCUUAUCUUAUAUUGUCUCUCCAAAGAAAUAUACGUGAUUACCCCAGAGACCUUCUCCACCAUAUCAGUAGUAGGGUUACUUGUAUAUGUAAUUAAAAAAUAUGGUGCCUCAAUUGGCGAAUUUGUGGAUAAACUCAAUGAGCAAAAAAUCGCUCAGCUAGAAGAGGUGAAGCAGGCUUCCAUCAAACAAAUCCAGAAUGCAAUUGAACAGGAGAAGUCACAGCAGGCUCUGGUUCAGAAGCGCCACUACCUUUUUGAUGUGCAGAGGAAUAACAUUGCUAUGGCCUUGGAGUUGACGUACCGGGAACGGCUGCAUAGGGUGUACAAGGAGGUGAAGAAUCGCCUGGACUAUCACAUCUCUGUGCAGAAUAUGAUGCAGCGGAAGGAGCAGGAGCACAUGAUAAACUGGGUGGAGAAGCACGUGGUGCAGAGCAUCUCUGCACAGCAGGAAAAGGAGACAAUUGCCAAGUGCAUCGCAGAUCUAAAGCUGCUGGCAAAGAAGGCGCAGGCACAGCCAGUUAUGUAGUGCACCUGUCCAGGUGGAGGCCAUUAGAAUCAGUUGACUCAUCAGAUGGAAACUAAAUGUGACUGUUGCCCUCUCCUGAAGUUACACUUUAUCUUUCCUAAAAGUGAAAUUUGGGUUUCAUAAAAUGAGAGAACUCUUGGCCAGUCAUGUUUCUCAUCCUUUGUUCUAUGUAUUUCGAGUUGUUCCAUGAUCACGUUUAAUGAGCAGUUUGCUUUUAUUAAAACAUGCUGCCUGACUAAAAGAUUAUUCAGUCACACUUUGAAAUUAUAAUUAAUUCUACCAUCCUGCAAUAAAGUGAAAAUUGAAAUAUU